CAGUGUCAUCUACAGCUGAGGGUUGCGACAGCGACCAAACACUGCUACCUGCCACCUGCUGACAGCUACAGUGUGUACUUCCAGACUCUGUGGGCACAUCAUGGGUAACUGCACUUCAGGGACAAAGAAGAAAGGGAAAGGGGAUUUCACACCAGGUGGAAAAAGCAACACAGAUAACAAGCCUAACGAGGAUGUCACGUAUGCCUCUAUUGACCACAGCACCGCCAAAGGAUCACCUAGAGCCAGAGCUACCACUGAUGAUGAUUGUGACUAUGCAACAGUUAACCUACCAGCAGCGGCACUCCAACCUGAAACUGUGUCCAAGUGCUCGUCUACAGAGGAGAACACAGAUGAUUAUGUUCUCAUGGGGUGAACAGAAACUAGGAAAUCUUAAUUCAGGUUAUUGCAUGAUGCAGGACUCGGGAAUGUGACUGUUAGUCAAAUCUUGAUCUUCAAACUUGAAGAAACUGUGACAAAAUGAAACAAAAAAAACAUCCACAGUAGCUGGUUGCGGAAACAAGAAGCCCCCAAGAUGUUUCGCUCCACUUUUGAUGUAACCCCCACCCUGAACAUAACUGUGGUGUUCCUUCCUGAAGAAGAAUAACCCGCAUCACGUUUGACGUCUGUACAGAAGAAACUCAACCUCAGGUGGAGGAUCUGUGGCUCUUCAGUCUGAUAUGAAACGCCAUGACAUUAGAACAUUAUCCAGAAUCAGUUAGUCAGAGGAAAAUGAACCUGGUGUUUGGCUUGACGAAUAUUUGCCAAUCAUAAGAACAGCAACCAAACUGUCAAAUCCAACAGCAUCAUAUACACCAAAUUAGUUACACCAUGACGUGAAUGACAACAUUUUAAAGCCACUAUGUGACCAACUUUUAUAUUAUUACUUUUUACACCAAGAAUAAUAAUGAGGAGCUGAUUCCUGGCAAUAAACUUGUGAUGCACACACGUGACGCUGCAGCUUUUGGGCCUUCUUCAAGAUCAGCAGGUUGAUCUUGCUUGUUGAUCUUGAAGAUGGACGAAACGUCACACUUCACAUAAAACAAAAGAUAUGCAUAUGGAGCCAGAGUGUACGACACUUGUUUUCUACAAUCAAACUUCUAUAUUACAGCAUCUUUUUUAAAUAAAUCUGAUUGCAUACACGUUAGUUUGCAGGAAAAAUUAGCCAACACAAUUAGUGUAGCCAGUGUGUACUACAAAUAGAUUUCUAAAUUGUCGUUAUGGUAACACAAUACUUGGAAGUAAAUGAAACUGAACUUUACCAAAUUCAUACUACAGGCUCUACACAGUAUGUAGAACGUGCACACUAGGAAAAUGGCAAACUAAAGUCAACUCAAAGCCUGCAGAGUUCUUUCUAUUUUUGAAUGUGCUAUUGAUGGGUCCUACUCUCUGAUAAUGUGUUGCACAGAGGAAAUUAAGCUCACUGCUGAGAAACAGAAAGGAAAUUGUGGGCAGUCUUGAAACAGCUAAAAAUAAAAAUAAGUAAUAAAUCUUAAGAAAAGUAUUUUUGCUUUCUCUCUGAGAGGUUAUUUCGGCUAACUAGCUCUCCAAAGUCACAGUUUAAUUGGCAUUUGAUGUUGCAUGCAUUAUAGUAUGAAAUGGUGAAGUAUACUUCCUUGUCUAGAAGUAAUAUCAAUUUUGGACAGAGCUUUGGUGUUUGGGCUUGAACUUUUUUUGCCAUUAAUGCAAGAGGUUUUGUCAGUUUUCUCCAAAACAGUGAGCCCACCAGCUUCUGACAAAGCAAUGUUAGUUUCAACAUGUCACUAUGUGUUAAAUGUUCGUUACAUGUUUUUUAAUGUAUGAUUUUGUUUGUAGAAAAUUUGCUCUCCAAAAUGAGUGUGUUACUUUCAGCAUUCAAGGGCUGUCUGUGCUACAAAAGUGGUGGAACUGUUUUUCCACCCUGAGAGGAAAAAGCAGCUAUGACACCCUGUUAACAGAAAGAAACACUGACUUUGUAGUCAGGAUGGCUAAUGCGAGCACGCCUGCUGUCACUCUAUGACUCGACGGCAGAUAAUCUUUAUCUGUUUUUGUUGAAACCUUUAACCAAAGUUUCAGUUGCAGAAACCCCACAUUAAUCAGCCUCAACCACCCUUUACUAACAACGCUCAUAUGCCCACAUGUCAUCCGAUCAAUGUUGGAAGAAUAUAAUGUUUAUGGCCUCAACUCAAACCUUCAUCUGCUUCCUGGAGUUCCUCAUUUUGCAAUACCGCUCCUGAGAACUACUGCACACCACCCAAAUAUACUACAAAUACAUAUUUAAGGCUUGAGAAUUUAUAUUUUUCAUGUUUUGUAUGUGCAUAUAUGUUUGUGUCUAUGCCUGUUCUACCUACAGGGUUAUUUAUAUGUUUGAGUGGAUGUUAAAUGAUAGGGCGGUGUAAUUUACUGUAAGCGCCUUUGUUUCAUUGUGGCUUUACUGAUCUUUUAUACUGAUUAAACCUUACCACUUUA